UCAAUUCCCCCUAUCCCACAUUCUUAACAAAAUAACUAAUAUUCAAUCAAUCAUUUUAAUGUCAUAAACUAAAAAUGAAAAACAAUUCCCAAACAACUGCAGAACAACAUAACAUUACAAUAUGGGAAAUAAAAAAGGAUCGACUCACGGCUAUGCAACACAAACUUUUCGAUACACCAAAACUGCUAAGUGUUGCGGCGGGUCGGACAACAUGCUCCAUCUUCAAAGUCCCACAAACCUUAGUUGAUGUAAACGGUAAAUCAUACCAACCUCACAUCAUCUCCGUCGGUCCGUUUCAUCAUGGCAAGGCGCAACUUGAAAUGAUCGAGGAGCACAAGUGGCGGUUCCUUCGCCAAUUGCUUGAUCGGACCAAGGCUAAAGGGAUAGUCUUGGAGGACUACUUGAGGGCCGUGCAACCAUUAGAGGUCAUGGCCCGUGAGUGUUACUCUGAGACCAUCCCUUACAGUACUGAUGAGUUUAUAGAAAUGAUGGUACUAGAUGGUUGUUUUAUUAUCGAACUUUUUAGAAAGUUUGGAGAGGUGGUUGAGGUAGAUGAGCACGAUCCACUUAUAAAAAUGUCCUGGAUUGUUUCAUUUUUCUUACGGGAUCUGAUCAGACUUGAGAAUCAGAUACCUUUUUUUGUUCUUGAAUGUUUAUUCGAGUUAACAAAGACGCCAAGAAGCCCAACACUGGCUAGCCUGACGUUGGGCUUUUUCAAUCUUGUAGUUCAAAGACCAGAAAAUGUUCUCAAGAAAUAUGCCAACAUCAAAGCCAAACACUUGCUCGACCUUCUCCGGUUAACUUUUCUACCACCCGAACUAGAAAAGUCAACAAAACAAGAAAACCGUCCCCCGCCUCACGUAAUUCACAACAUCUCAAAGCUACGUCGAGCGGGAAUCAAGUUAAAACCCCAUGAAGCCGAAAGCUUCCUUGUAAUCAGCUUCAAAAACGGGGUGAUCCACAUGCCAACUAUAACCAUCGAUGAUUUCAUGAGUGCAUUUUUAUUAAACGUGGUAGCAUUCGAACAAUGUCAUAGUGGAUGCUCAACCCACUUCACAACAUACGUUACAUUGCUAGAUUGUUUGAUAAACACAUCUAGAGACGUGGGGUAUUUAUGCGACUGGAACAUAAUUGAGAAUUAUUUUGGUACGGAUGCUGAAGCUGCAACUUUAAUUAACAACAUGGGGAAAGAUAUUUCUUUCGAUAUCGAUGAGUGUUACUUGGCUCGGUUAUUUGACAACGUGAACCACCAUUAUCAUAGCGGGUGGCAUGUUCAAUGGGCGAGUUUGAAGUACACAUAUUUUAACUCGCCAUGGUCCUUUUUAUCGGCAUUGGCGGCUUUUCUUCUUUUAAUUCUAACCAUUGCACAAACAGCUUACACGAUUCUUGGAUAUGUUCGUCCUCCUUAGUUAAUUCGUUUAUGAAUUCCAAUAUAUAUGUAUAUCUGUUGUUUGUUAGAGUUAAUUAUGUUUAAAGAAUACGAGGUUAAGUUGUUAGUA